AUAUGACGUCAAUUGUAUCUAUUCAGUUCUAAUGGAAUAUUAAGGAGAAAAGAAAAAAGAGUUUCAUUUGAUUCCAAUAUGGCCAACACUAAUUAUUGUCAUCUAUUUUUUUCUACUCAACAGUUCAAAACAUUUAUCUGAUUAUGUUUUAACUCGACUUUUUAUAUUGUUUAAUCGUCAAAGGUUGAAUCUGAAUAAACACUUCAACGAGUUCAUUGGACCCAUUGAUGAAAAAAAGGCCAAAUCACCGAAUUUUCAUGUUGCUUAUAAAACAUGUUUAAUUGGUUAUACUUGUCGAUAUUUUUAAUUAUCUUGAGCAAUUUCAAUGUUGAUGGAAGAUUCAGACGAUUGUCUUCAGGUUUAUCAUCAUUAUCAUCAGCUUCAUCAGGUCGAUGGCGUUUGAUGACACCAAAUGAUAUAAUACGAAGCUAUCCACUCUCCAAACUGGACAACUCAAAAAGGUAUUACACAUAUUCUGACGACGAAUAUUCGACUGAAAAAAGGUUUUCAAAUGGACAAUUCAAAGGACCGUUCAUUAGUCAAAGAUACCAACCAAUUAAUCCAAUUAAGUUUGUCAACCAUCAAAGGUUACCAAUUUAUUUGAAUCAUCAUCGCUACAGCUUUCUCAAUAAUCCAAACUCGUAUGAAAACGAUUCAGAGUCAAAUAACAAUCAACCUCAACACUAUCAGAAAGACCAAAACACAUCAGACGGACACUUGAGGACAAAUGACCAGCUUAAAGUAUCUUCUAAUUCCACCCAAAAAACUGGAAACGAAAAGCACGAAAAUGCAAAAAGCUCCGAUGAAAUUGUUCCAACAUACACUGAAAGUUCUAAUGUUAAGUCAUCAAAGUUGGAAUCUGUUCAACCAAAUUUAUCUUCAUUCAAUUAUCAACGAAUUGCUUACAUGAAGAAAGCUUCUGUCGAAUCUGUUGAUGAAUCAAACUCAUUAUUCAGUCCUUAUCGAUCUACAAAUCAACCUCAUUCAAGUAAGCCAGGAUCACCAUCAUUCAGUGACCUUUACUUUGUGGCAAUUGUAGUUGGUUCGAGUGGAGCUGCGAUAUUCGCUGUAAUUGGUGCAGGUUACUGUUUCUAUCGAUUCCAACAGCACAGCAAAUCAGCUGCUGAUGUUGAUUACCCUGCAUAUGGCGUCGUUGGUCCAAUAACAAAAGAAUCAGCAAAUUCUGGAAAUAUUUCGCCUGUUGGAGACCGAAAACUGGCUCAAAGUGCACAAAUGUAUCAUUAUCAUCACCAAAAACAGCAAAUGAUUGCUUCUGAAAAGGUUGUGGCAUCUCGUCAUACUUCAGCAUCUGAUGUUGACUCGGAAGAAGAAAAUGAAGAAGGCGAUUACACUGUUUAUGAAUGUCCUGGAUUAGCUUCAACUGGCGAAAUGGAAGUGAAAAAUCCUUUAUUCCAAGAUGAUAUAACUCCAGUUUCAUCUCCAUCAGUGGUGAAUAAUUCAGAUUCAAAGGAUAAAAAAUGAUGGACAUUGGACAUUAUCUUGUCGAUCAAAAUAGCAGUAAAACCUAUCAUAUUUUGUUCUCAUUCAAAGAACCUCAAGUUGUGAUUAUAAAAUAACGCUAAGAUAAUUUUUGUUAGACUUUUCUUUGUUGGCAGUUUAUCAGUAAUUGGCUUGAAUGUAAAAGUCGACUCAAUUGCUAACGAAUCUUUGGUAAUCGAAAAGCAUUACUGAUGAUUAUGCAAAUAAUAAUGAAAAUUAUUUUACCGUCAAUUAUAAUCACACAAAUACCUUGAAAUAUUUUCUCCCAAAUUGGAAAGUUAAUUUUAUAAUUAUCUGCUUAACUCGCUUCAAUUGACAAACGCUAAUAUAAACGCAAUUUGAAUCAAUUUUCACCCUCAAAAGCUAACAAUUUCAAAGGAACUUAUUUAUCUUUUAAAUGGGAACUCAAUUAGAAAGCUAUUGAUUGACUGCCCUUACCUUGCAGUAAUUGUACAGAAACACAAGCUAUUCUGACUGUAAAAUAUUGACUCUUUGAAUGCAUGAACAUGAGGAUGAAAACGAGAAACGAAUGAAUCCUUUUCCAUAUUUGAUUGCUAUUCACAAUUUUACAUGUUAUUAAUGUUAUUACUAUUACAGUAUAUCGAUGUCAAUCAUUAUCAUUUGUGUUAAUCAAUGGUGAUCUUUAAAUGGUUGUUAUACUUAUUCCUGUAAUUUAUCGUUAGAACACACAAAUGAGACCAAAUCGAUUGUUAUAACAAAUGUAAAUGCAAGUUAUCCUGAAAUGGACGCCUCUCCAACUCUUAAUCAAUAUAUCACUAAUUAUGUUUUCACAAGAAUCUAUUACUAUGAAGCCAGAGAGACCAAAUUAAAGUGAUUAACUGUAUGUAAACCCAAUUUAUUGUUGAAUCAUUCCAAUGUCUAUUAAAGUCAUCUUGAAUUUUGUUUGAAA